GUUGACAUGUUCGCCAUUAAUUAGCGAUUCAUCGCAUUACCAGUAUUUAAAUGUGUGCUGAUGGAGAGUUAACACAAAUGAAAAUAUGUGGACUUUUAGUGUUUUUAUAUGCGUUAUUAUCGCUUUUAAAGGAAUAUAUGGACAGUUCUCGUUUGGUUGUCCGUUAGGAUGGGAAAUAUAUAACAACAGAUGUUAUAAAUUUGAAAAAGAUAAUAAACUUAUUUUUGAAGAAGCAGACUCUGCCUGCUGGGUAGAGGGAGCCACACUUCUACAAGUAGAUGAUUUCUCAGAACACAAGUUUGUUUCAGACUGGCUUAUGAAGCAUGAUCUACAUGACGGUUCAGUAUGGUACACAAGCGGGGCGUACUAUGACACAUAUGUCACUUGGGGCGGAGACUCGCACCUAGACACAACUGGAGCUAACCUCUGGGCUGAUGGAAAACCACCGGAAAUGGAUAUUUCCAUAAAAUUCAAUACAAUAGCUUAUGUCAGAGGAGGGCCUCGUAUGGAUGGAUACGGCUGGGAAAUUGUUUCUCCAAGUAUAAAUUCAGCAUACAUUUGUGAAAUGUCCAAAAUAGAAGCACAAGGCAGAAGAAUAGAAGACAGGGAUUUUUCAUAUGGUCAGGGGAACAUUAACGAAAAAUACAUCGAGCGAGGCCCGGUCAUGACAGAACAGCCCGUAAAUGUAGCUGUUUUCGGGGCGCCACCAAGUGCCUUCAUUGAAUGCAAAGCAAAGGGAAAUCCGAACCCAAUUUAUUCCUGGACAAGAGAUCAAAACGAGGCAGUCAACUCAAAACUGAACAACAGAUACACACUAAGCGCUGGAAGAUUUACCAUACAGGACCCGGUAGAGCAGGAAGAUGCCGGCGAGUACCAGUGCAUAGCAGAAAAUAAGUUAGGAAAGAUUCUCAGUAAUCCGGCAAAGAUUGUAUUCGGAUAUUUACAAGGAUUUUCACCGGUAAAACCAGAGAAUGUUCAGGCGAACAAGUUUGAGGGUUCUAGAAUCAGUUGUUUGGCGCCAGCAGCCUACCCAGCUGCCGCAUUUAGUUGGUUCUACCGGAGUAUAGCUGAACCAAUAUUUGAGGAGAAUGAAAACAUGUUUGUAUCAAGUAGCGGCUAUUUGUAUUUUUCGGAAGUUCAGCCGACUGACGGUAGGAAGUACUUCUGCUCCGUGACCCUGAUUGCCACAUCAGAGUUCGAGACUGCAAUCAACCAGCCCCCAAGUCGAAUUAGUCUAGGUGUAGAUCUCAUUGUUACAGGAACAGAGCACGGAUAUUUCAAACCAUUUAUCUACACGCACACUUUUCCGUCACCUGCACUGAGAGGAUCCAAUAUUCGACUGGAAUGCGUGGCAUACGGAUCACUCCCCUUAAAGUAUAGCUGGCGUCGUGAAGACGGUAGGGAUUUCGAACCAGGAACCGUCAUGGAUGAUCUAAACAGGGUGCUUACUAUCAAGUCAGCUGAACUCGAGGCCGAGGGGAAUUAUAUAUGCACAGUUAAUGGCCGUGCAGGAGUAGAGUCUAAAAUAAUAAGCCUGACUAUAGAAACAAAGCCAUAUUUCCCCUUUGACAUCGGAAACCGCUUGGCUGACCCAGGGCAAGAACUCAAAUGGCGAUGCAAAGCUGUCGCUCGUCCUAAGGCAACAUAUACAUGGUACAAGAAUGGGGAACUUAUACAGAAUAUACCGGGUGUGAUUGAAGUUCAUAAAAACAACUUGAUUAUUUACAGUGUUGACUCUGAUAGAGAUGAGGGCAUGUAUCAAUGCGGAGCCACCAAUGUUCACGGCACUACUUUCAGUUAUGGACAGUUGAAAGUGUUAUCAUUUAAACCGACAUUUGAGAGGCAUCCACUGCCGGCUGAGGUUCAGAUCCCACAUGGUGGCAACUUCACUUUACCAUGCAUGGUGGAGGCGGCGCCCAUCCCUGACGUUGUGUGGAUGAAGAAUGGUGGAGGAUUACCGCUGACGCCUGGUGAAGUUAGUGGUCAUAUUGGAAUGACGUUAGAUAACAGCAUCGUAUUUAACAUUAUAGAGUUUUCAGAUCAAGGAUUAUAUACAUGUAAAGCAUCAAAUAUCAAUGGAGAGGCAACUAAUUCCACCUCAGUUAAAGUUAUCCGUGGCAUAUCUAUAGCAACGGCUCCUUUGGAUACCAGGGUGAAGGUCAAUAAGACAGCGUUUAUGUUUUGUCAAGCGUCUUACGAUAGUUUGCACUUUGACCUUACAUACCAGUGGAUGAAGAAUGGUCACGUGAUAAAUUUCACACUCGAUACCCAUUAUAUUCAGAGUAAGAAAGACGGCUUAGAUGGUUUAUACAUCAGCAAUGCCCAGUUCAAACAUACAGGAAGGUAUACUUGCGAGGCGCGUACAACACUACAUGUGGAUAGAAGAAGUGCUGACCUAUUUGUCGAAGGUCCACCGGGAGCCCCGGCUGGUGCAUAUGUAGAAUCUACUUCCGUAACUGCAAAUUCUGUGCGUCUCAGCUGGACAGUUUCACCGUUUAUGGGCCAUGGAAAUCCAGUAAGCAGGUACCAUGUGGAGGCCGAGAUGUCUUUAUACCCUGACCAAUGGGAAACAAUAGCUACUGAUAUACCGGAAUAUAUAGCAAUGAAUGAAGCCAUAGACUUUGGAUUGCGGGAAGAUCAGAGAAGUGCCGUCAUAAAAAACUUACUACCAGAUAUAUCAUACAGUUUUAGAGUACGAGCAAUUAAUGAUUUUGGAAUCGGACAUGAGGCGAGUGAUGGAUCAGUAUCUAUAAAGACCCCAGCAACAGCCCCUGUAACAGUGCCAAGGAACAUCCGGGGGCUUGAAGAGGGUAAAGUCGGUACAUUGAAUAUUGUCUGGGAUCCACUCGAUAUAUCAGAAUACAGUGGACCAGAAGUUGGCUAUAAUAUCUAUUUUAAAAAGAAGGAUGACCCUAAAGACUUUUUACAUGCAAAAGUUGAAGGAGCUAACGAAACUAUGUAUACACACCUUGUUGGUUUAGAUAACUAUUACCUCGAGUACUCUGUGAAAGUAGGGGCUUUCAACAAACAUGGCAGCGGCCCUAACUCGACACUGCACGACAUAAUGUCCGCGGAAGGAAUGCCUGUAGCUACAGUGUUGAUGGGCGAUUGUGAUAAUUACAAUGGUACUGCAUUUUCCAUGUCCUGGACUCCAAUAGAAGAUACACGGGAGGUUAUUAAAGGCAGACUGAAAGGAUACAGGGUACGUUACUGGCAUCUAGAUUUCCCAGAAUAUGUUACAUGGCGCGAUCUGUACGGUCAACACGAUUCAACCAUCAUCAUUGGUCUAGAGGAUAACACUAACUACUGGGCCUCGGUACAGGUUAUGAAUUAUGCUGGUGUUGGGCCUAUUGGUGAAAUACGAUUGGCUGAAACAUUCCAUUUACCUCCCCAACAAUACCCAAGACACAUUGAGGUUUGGCCACAUAGUCGGCAUUCUGUGAGAGUGAAAUGGCAGGGUAUAAGCACGACUAGGUGGGACGAAGAAACUCUUCAGGGAUAUAUUAUACGUAUAUGGAAAGUUCAAGAGGAUAUCCGAACAGCGCGAGACAUUGUACUAGACAAGGAUCCCGAGGCCAUUGUGGAUAACUUACAAGUGAAAACAGUGUACGUUAUGCGAGUGUUGGGCUACAGUAUAGGAGGGGACGGAGCCCUCAGUCCACAUACUUACUUUACAGUUGAAGGUGGAAAUGUGCCAUUUGAUCCAACUACGACGCAGUUCUGUUUCAAUCAUGAAAUGUGCGGCGCAGUAUCACUGAAGUUGUCUGUAUUCCUCAUUUCAUUACUACAAAUUCUAUACAUUAUUUUGUGAUAAAGUACAUAUCUGACAUCACUGUUAAUUGAACCAGUAGACUUGCCAUAUGGAUAAAAACAGUUUCCGGCUGAAUCAGCUUUCGUUAAACCAUGCAGAUUUGUACAUUGUGAAUUAUACACUUUUAAUAUACAUAGAUUUAUAAACGUCCCUUUGUGAAGCAGUUACCAUCAAAUAUUGCUGUCCAAGUAGGUUAUUUCAUGGUGUUAUUAAGGCAUAAAACUUCAUACAUCGUGCACAAUCAAAAAUAAAUGUUGUGUCGUAAUUUCGGGUACUCUCGUAAUGUGGUAAGAUAAUAUCAGUACAUGCUUAUUUGCAUUUAGAUUCUAGAGUUUGUGGAUAGAAAACAUUUCAUCGUAGUUGUGUAUAUAUUUAAAUCGGGAAUGUGGCAGCGUUGAAAUAAACAUUUUGUAAAUAGAUCUAUGUAACAAUGUACAGUUUUCGCAAAAUAUGCAGUUUAACACGUGUAUGUACAUGUAUAUAAUAAAUUGUAUAAUUCAUGCAAACAGAUAUCCAUUCCUUUUUGUAAAUGGUAUGUUUUAUUUUGUAAUAACUUUUAUAUUUUAUGAAAUGAUUAAAUCGUUAAAUUUUU